UAACUUGCCAGAUGGGGCUCCUCCUGGGGCUGGUGCAUAUUAUUAUCACACAGUGGGUGGGGGAUGGUGGUAGGGUAGGGUGGUGGGGGGGGGUUCAUGCUUCAUCCUCUCACUGCCUGCUUCAAAUUCAGGUCCUUGACAUUAAAAAAAAAAAAAAAAAAAAAGGUCUGGGAACCCCUGGGGGCUAAAAUACCCAGGGCGCGGGCACGAGAUGAGUUGUGCGCGCUCCCGGUGGCGAGUGCAGAUCCACAGCAGCCAACCAGUCAGUCAGCGGAAUGACUCCCACACUACUGCCUCCUCCGCGAUGUCGCACCCCAACACAGCUCUUAUUCUCCUGAAACCAUCUACCUCAGAUGAUCCGCUGUGUGUGUCCGUGAUGAUGGUUUGUUCAGUGCGAUGCUGACGACAUGUUUGCUCGUCGCUGUGCAGCAUAGAAGAAGAGGAGGCGGCGGAGCGGAGCAGCGCGCACGGUUACAGCGGGCUGUUGCAGUCAGGCAGCAUCAUGGAGGCUGGAUGCGUGGUUGCCGCGGUGAUUGAGAAUGCUGCCUCAGGACCCCGGGGUGAACCAGGAAGUGGUGACGUCCUUGAGGGAGAUGUCCUACCAUCUACUGACCUGGACAAAGACGAUGCCUUACCUCAAGCCACCAACAAUAAUCCUCCAGAAAAGAAAGAGCCACAGGAGACAUCCACUGCCAUGGCGAGGAGCGAUGACAUCACAGAGCACCCAGCCGAGCCCCUCCUGCGCUCCUGCGUCAGCACGGCCAGCAUGAAGGUCAAGAACAUGAAGAAGCUGACGUUCCCCAGAGGUCACUUCCCCAGGUUGGCAGAGUGUGCCCAUUUCCACUACGAGACUGUUGACUUUGGCAACGUUCAGCUGGGCUUCGCAGAGGGGCAGAGCGAAGGACCGAAGGCUGGUCUGGACUCCAAAGAGCUGGUCUUUCUGGUCCAGAUUACCUGCCAGGGGCGAAACUGGCUGGUGAAGAGAUCUUAUGAAGACUUCCGGGUGCUGGACAAACACCUGCACUUGUGUAUCUAUGACCGCCGUUACUCCCAGCUCACCGAGCUGCCGCGAAACGACACAAUAAAGGACGCUGUUGAGUCAGUAGCCAAGAUGCUGGCCACCUACCUGUCCCGCUUCUCCGCCAUCGCUGACAACAAGAUCAACUGUGGUCCCGUGCUGACAUGGAUGGAGAUCGACAACAAGGGGAACCAUCUGCUGGUGUCUGAGGAAGCCUCGAUCAACGUCCCCGCCAUCGCUGCUGCCCACGUCACCAAGCGCUACACCGCUCAGGCCACGGACGAGUUGACCUUUGAGGUGGGGGACAUCGUGUCAGUCAUAGACAUGCCUCCCAAAGAAGACACAGGCUGGUGGAGAGGGAAACAUGGCUUUCAGGUUGGUUUCUUCCCCUGCGACUGUGUUGAGCUGAUAAAUGACAAGAUUCCCCCCAGUGUUCAAAGCUCGGUGCCGAAGCCAGUGUGUAAGAAGCAUGGGAAGCUGGUCACGUUCCUGAGGACUUUUAUGAAGUCUCGACCGCCGCCUCAGAAGCUGCGGCAGCGCGGCAUCCUCAAAGAGCGAGUGUUUGGCUGUGACCUGGGGGAAUAUCUCCACAACUCAGGACAUGAGGUCCCGCAGGUUGUUAAGAGCUGUGCUGACUUCAUAGAGAAAAACGGAGUCACGGACGGGAUCUACAGACUGUCUGGGAUCUCCUCCAACAUCCAGAAACUCAGGCACGAGUUUGACUCCGAGCAGGUCCCAGAUCUGAGCAGGGAAGUCUUCAGACAGGACAUCCACUCAGUGGGCUCCCUCUGCAAGCUGUACUUCAGAGAGCUGCCCAACCCUCUGCUCACCUACCAGCUCUACGACCGAUUCUCAGAGGCCGUGUCUGCAGCCACAGAUGAGGAGAGGCUGGUCAAAAUCCACAAUGUCAUCCAGCAGCUGCCUCCUCCACACUACAGGACGUUGGAGUACCUCAUGAGACACCUCUCCAACCUUGCCACCUUCAGCCCCAUCACUAACAUGCACACUAAAAACCUGGCCAUCGUCUGGGCGCCUAACCUCCUCAGGUCCAGACAGAUCGAGUCGGCCUGCUUUAGCGGCACGGCGGCGUUCAUGGAGGUGCGCAUCCAGUCGGUGGUGGUGGAGUUCAUCCUCAACAACACCGAGGCUCUCUUCAGCGCUAAACUCAACGCCAUCAUACGUGAAAGCACAGGUAACAACACCUUAUCCAGACCCAAGUCCCUGCUGGUCAGCUCCCCGUCCACAAAGCUGCUAUCUUUGGAGGAGGCCCAGGCUCGCACUCAGGCACAGCUGAGCUCCCCGGCCACCACGCCCAGCCUCAGCCACAGCGACUACAUCGAGGUCGGGGAGGGACCCGGGGCUCUGCUCGGCAAGUUCCACACGGUCAUCGAGCUCCCGAUGGAGAGCGGCAAGCGGCCUCCUGUUAAGGCUAAGAAGUCUCCAGUGGGGAACUGGCUCUCCUUUUUCCACCUGGGCAAGUCCCACUCCGUGUCCAAACGUAAACUGAAGCGGCACCCCAGCGAGCCGAACGAGAUAAAGAGCAUUGCACUGCCAGGUGGAAGAGGAGACAGCGGCACGUUGCGCUCCACCAAAAGUGAGGAAUCUCUCACCUCUUUGCACAAUGUGGAAGGGGAACAGCGGAGUUACCGCCCCCGCAGACCUCGCUCGACUAGUGAGGCUGUUUCUGGCGUCUGCAGAGAUGACGUACGCAACACCAGAAGCAAAGACGACCACAGGACCCACCCACUGAAUGGGAGUCAUAACGGUGCUGAUCACGUCCGCACCGCGGCUUAUAUUUCGCCUCCAACCCAGGAGGACGACCUCGAUCUUUGUGCACCGGCUGAGGGCAUCUAUAGUUUGGACUUUGACCCCAUGUCUUUUCAGCCCUCGGUGACACCAGGGCUGCAACGCAACAGAGACGGAAGUAGAUGGAGGAAGAGCGCAGGGUGCUCCAGCGAAUCGGAGCCAAUCUCCUCUCCUAACAACAACAUCGGCGGCUAUCAGUCUCCAGAUAUUAGCCCCGUUCUCGGUAAAGGUGGGAAGAAGGUCAUCUCCAAGCCGCUCUCUCCUAAACUCAGGAAGAAAUCAUUAAAGAUGCAGGCAGAUGUUCAGAAUACAUCCGCCUCUCCUCCGCCUCUUCCUUCCUCUUCUCCCCCAAUGGAGACGCGUGACGCUCCGCUGGCAGAUGGAAAGGAGGCGAGAGCGCCCUACCCACACUGCAGCCCGCUCAGCACAGCGAGCCAGGGGUCGGCCCUGACUGACCUCAGCCAGGCUGCACAGAACCUGCCCGAUCCAGGAACAGAUAGACUUAUGAGUUCAGUGUCUGUUCUCCCUCCUCACCCUCCCUUGACGAGUGCUGCGCGAAAGCUGGCUUUGGCUCUGGCUGAAUCCGCCCAGAAGGCCAGCGGCGGCUCCCAGAGAAGAAACAACGCCCCGUCGCACCCCCUCCAGAGACAGGAAGCCGGUCACGCCCAGGACAGACCGCCCCGGCCCUCUGUUCUCGACCUUAAAGUGUACCCCCAGGAGUACCGCGGCCCUCAUGUCUCCUCCCAGUGGCAGACAUCAGCGCACACACCCGGGGAGAGCCGCUGCUGCCCUCAUCCUGUUCAUUUCCUGCCCGCCCACCCCGGCUCAGAGCCGUUGCAGGUCAUCGGCGGACAGGAGAGCAUGUGCAAUUUCACGCCAAACGUCAGCCCGCUCGGGUCAGGGAGCUUGGAUGGAGGCAGCGCGGAGAGGAGGGACCGCAGGGUGGAGAAAGAAAUUAUAGAUGCCACACAAGCAGAACCCACCUAUCAGAGCGUCGGCGUUUCGACACCCACCCAACCUGUCGGCUCCGCUCAGAGCCCGUCAACUUCUCCCGUAUAUGUGAACACCGACUCCAUCAAUGUAUUUAAUUUCCGCGCUGUGCUGGCGGAGACCUCCAUGCCUGCCUCAAUUGAGGAGGUCAUUCCGCGUCCAUUACACCCCUCUUCGACCCAUCACUACAGCCCAGAGGAGGACAGACCUCACGGCCUGGUCGAGGAUGUCUACGGCAAUCAUCAUCUCUAUCAACGGCCGAUUCAAACAGGACGAAUGCCUGCACCUCACUGCCCUCGGCCUGACGCUCUGCCACAUCACCUUUCGGGGCCAAAAAGCAUAUACAGGCAGUCCUCUGAUGGCCGCUACAGCACUUUAGGGUUAAGGCACCCUUUGUCACCUCAAUACGGACGUUACCACAGAGAUGAGCACCUCAUCAGUGGUUGCUACAGGCAACCGGGCCAAUACCAGAGGUCGGAUGACAGGCACCCCGCGAUGCGGAGGGCUCGCUCCUUCCACGCCCCUCAGAUUAGCCACUACGAGCUGGCAGAGACAGAGGUCCUGCCCCCCGACACCAUGUUUUACGUCGAGCAGGCAACGAGCCCGGAAGCGCCCUAUCAGAGGCUGAUUCAGACCGGCGUCCACCCCGUCCGGCAGCAGUUUGAGAAAACGCAUGCCGACUAUCGUUACAGCCCCUAUUCUGAUAUGAACCCAGUAGAUGGCUCCCGCUAUUACGUAGAGCCCUGCAGGCCAAGCGGUAUCCGACACAGCCAGUCUUACACCAUGCGUUCCACGAGGGAAGGUGGACAAUCGGAUUACUACAACUACUCGCCACACCGCGUCCCUCCUGUGAACAGGGAGCUUUACAUAGAAAGCAGGGAUACUGUCGUUUAUGAGGCUAGAGACGCAGAAGUUUUUGAAAGAGUCGUGUAUCAACCGGUCAAGCAGGAGAGUAAAUCCAGACGUAGAAAUAUAGCUGUGUCUCCGUAUGAGAGCCCUGUCUCGCCGACUGACACGAGCAACAUAAUGCACACGAGAAGCAAGUCAGACCCUGGAAACGCCUGCCUCCUCUCCGCCAGCAGGACAGAAAGCCAAAAUAUCGCGCUAGCUACAUCCCCGAUGUCCCAGAGGUCUCAACAGGCUGACCCCGAGGUCGCCAGGCAGCAUUACAGUCACCGGUCAAACGCGGAGCCGGGACCAUCCAGGCGGAUUCAGAUCAGAGAGAGCUCCUCGCAGCAGCAGCAGCAGCAGCAGCAGCAGCAGCAGCAGCCGCCGCUUCGCAAAGUCCCCUCGCUUCCAGAAAGGGGCUGUCCUCACCUCAAAAACAUCGAGCACAAUAACAGAAGCCAAGCGCGAGGUCACGACCAGGAUCGGUUCGCGAUGACCAACACCGCCAACAGCUACAUUGCGAAACCGGGCAUCCUCAGGAGGUCGGGGAGGUCGCAGAGCACCAGAGAGAAUCGCCACUACUAUCAUUACCACGCCAAAUCCCCUGUGGAUCCUGAACAUCUGGGAUCCUUUUCCACUCAGCCGAACAGAAGGACUCAGAGCACUAAAGUCAGGCCCACACAGUAUGACCACAAGGAGGGGUAUUACGCAGCGCCCAGACUUAAACCCACAAGAUCCGGUAAAGCCGCGGCCGGAUAUUUGCCGGGCCAGGGCUGCAUGUCUCCCCGCGGGCACAGACUGCUGUCCAAGGCUCUGGGUCAGGAGGCUUUUUAUCACGCAGCACUGAGAUCAGAGGCCGGGGUCUACGACUGAUUGUGACCACUGGUUUUUAUCCGAUUCCACAUCGGGGCCAAAGGAGAACAGCACUUUAUCCUCUGCCAGACCAACAGACUGUUGUGUUGAAAGUGUGUUUGUUUUAACCGUCUGGAGCUGCUAAAAAGUGUGAAGUGAGGCCGCUGUUGCUGGGGAUCCUACCGUCGCCAUCAACGGGAGAUUUGCAACGAGCUCAAAGGGAACAAGUGAAUGCAGAUGUUGUCUUAAAUUAAUUUCAAAGUAACGCUAAGAGAGGCAUGUUUGAGAAAUGAUGGCUUAUAUAUUUUAUUUAAUGUCUAAACAACAAGAGAUGCCAAGCUAACUGGUUUUAUUAAUAUGAUUUUGUGUAGGAAUGUGUAUAAAAUAACAUUCAUUUUAAAUGUAUUAUAUUUGUAUAAAUAACACACCGCUAACAUGUGGCCAAUGUACUGUACAUUUUGUUUUCUAUUCUAGUCUGCUCAGACUUCAACAAGCACUUUUGAGGAUAACUGUGUGUGAAACACAUUGUCUUAACGUUGCGUACAUGAAGCCUCUUGAUAUACAGUAUAUUAUAUUUUUUUCUGUAAGAAACAGCUUGCUCUGAAUCAUCGUUAAAUACUAAAUUAAACCUCAUGGUUUCUAACUUUUUACAUAUUUUAUUUAUCACACAUUGUAUAAUGCAAUCUUAAAAAUAACAAUGAGUGCUAUGAUUUCCCUUUAGGGUCAAAGCUACCAUGCUACGAAAUAUGCUACACAUCCAGUAAAUGCAAAUCAGCUCAUUCAGUUAGGUGAAACAGUGUAUUUUGUAUGGCAUUGUGGUUUUGUCACAAAAAUGAACAUUUCUUUCCUCUUUUAGGGAACUUUUAACAAUGUGGUGUUUUACAUAAAAUAUGAUGUUGUUUUAUUCAUUAAAGAGGCUGUUUUAAAUCCAAACAUGUAGAUGAGGAUAUUCUGUUAAGACAUGUUAUUUUAGUGAAAGUCUUUAAAAAAAAUAAAGAUAUAUUAUCAGUGA